AUGUUAUCAUGUAUUGGCAGCGGUUACGAUUGGCGCCUUCAAGCUGCGUUCGCCGCUGCCUCACUAUUCCCCAUAGUAGUCAGCUAUUUGGUCUUGUAUAGAGUUCUUCCAGUUCAUGGAUUGGAUCUUCGAUGGCCUGAUUUGGCAUCGACGAUGGACCUUCAUCGUACAGAUCCCGGAGUGAUUCUUUAUUCGCCUAUCGUGGUCGCACUUCUUUGCGCGUGCCCAGUCGACAUAAAAAGCAUGGUGCUGGGCGUCGCUUUUCCGUGGUACAUUGUCGGUACAAGCAUGUUUGCCGUAUCUGCUGUGAUAUCGGCGGAGGGGAAUGUCGAGGACGUGACAUGUUUGAUCAGCGGCGACGACAGUGCCCGCCCAGUCAAAGCUUGCAUCUUGGCUUGCAUGGCAGCGAGUGUCAUGCUGAACGGGUUUUCUGGUCUAGUGCAUCUGGAAUUCGCCAGAAAAGUGCGGGCCGCAGUUCCGACCAGUGGCCACCAAGCAUGCCACACAAAGAGGAUCAUCUGGCGGAUAUUGGCCGCUGCCUGUUUGUUGACGCUGGUGGCGUACUUUGUUGUGCUGAUCAUGUGUGCGAUGUCCCGGCGCAGGAAACUCCAAGUUGGUAGUUUGUGCUGGGGACUCUCAAGAUUCGCGCUGUGGCUCAUCGCCGCAUGGCUCCUGGCCUUACCUCAUGUUGCGACGUGCACACUGCUUCAGGGCAAGUUGGAGCACGUGGUGGCACUUCUCCAGCGCGCGGAAGUUGUCGCUGACUUGACAGCGGCUUUCAGAGCUUGCCAGGACUGCAGGAGGCGCUUCCAAUGCUUUUUGGUGUGGCACUUCGUUUUGGAUGGACUGUCAUUGGUUUCGGGUCUUGCUGCUGAUGCGGUCCUGGUUUUCGGCUGCACGGACUUCGACAUGAUGGCGUGGAACCUGGGCCUCAACCACCCACAGCUUACAGCCGCCUUCCUGUCCAUUCAGUUUGCUGCGCUCGUGGCCUUCCACGAAUCUGUCGAAGAGACCGUGGAGAGAUUUCGCCAUUCAUCGAAUGAUCAGGCGAUGUUUGAGAGGCUUGUGCUCAGGCGGGACGAGCUGCAGCUUCCAGUGAUGGGACAAGUUCGUACUCGUCGAUGGUUUGCUCGUGCAGUCCUAUCGAGUCUGCUGUCGACAAUGAUCACAACGGCACGCAACCUACUCAAAAGUCUGAUUUCUUCUUGUCACAGUCCCCAUGCAAGGCUGCAGUGA